CGUUGUUUCUUUUUUCCAAACACACCCUCCCAGCUCUCGCUCUGUCUCUCUCCCCCACCUUCUUCAUUCAUUCCCUUCACCAAACCCUAACCCUAACCCCUUUUUUUUUCCCAUUAUUUUUUUUUUCCUCUCAAACACACAAACCUCUCAGAGAGCUCGUCGUUCUAAAACCCUAGAGGGAAAGCACUUGGUUUAUCAAUUCCAAACAAUAUCAAAUAGUCUUCGCUCUCCCUUUUUUAUUUCGCAUUUUGCAAUUAAUUUUUUUUUUUCCUCCCAAAUGGAUUCUCAGCAGAACAACUUGUUCGAGACGGCUUCGCAGCCUGAUACGGGAAACGAUGCCUAUACGUUUCUCGAAUUCAAUACCCAAGGCGAAGACUUCGAUUACCCAGAGUUUCGCGACCCGAUUCGUUCUCCUGUAGCCUGGCCCACGCCUUCUGAUUCCUUAGCUGACCACACGGACCGCGGUGGUGGUGCCGGUGGCGGUGGUGCUGGUGGUGGUGCAGGCGGUGGUGGUGGGCCUGGGUCUGAUAACCAGUCUGAUGCUUCGCCGGUUUCGGUUGCACCCGGUAGCGCAACGAAGGGUCGGGCAAGCGGGUCGGGUAGUAGCAGCGUGAAUAAUCAGAUGGUGGAUGCUUUAGCGGCGGGAAUGAGUGGGUUGAACUUCGAGGACACGGGGGAUGAUGAUAAUUAUGAUUAUGGUAAAGGGGAUUUCACGGAGCAUGCGUGUAGAUAUUGUGGGGUUUCUAACCCGGCCUGCGUGGUUCGGUGUAAUGUGCCUUCGUGCCGCAAGUGGUUCUGUAAUUCUCGUGGGAACACGUCCGGUUCGCAUAUUGUGAAUCACCUGGUUCGAGCAAAACACAAGGAAGUUUGUCUUCACAAAGACAGUCCCUUGGGAGAAACAAUACUUGAAUGUUACAACUGUGGAUGUCGAAAUGUGUUCCUUCUUGGAUUUAUAUCGGCCAAGACAGAGAGUGUUGUUGUUCUUCUGUGUAGGGAACCUUGCUUAAGUGUUAAUGCAUUGAAGGAUAUGAACUGGGACCUGAGCCAGUGGUGUCCCCUGAUUGAUGAUAGGUGUUUCUUGCAGUGGCUUGUUAAGGUUCCCUCAGAACAGGAGCAAUUGAGAGCACGCCAAAUCAGUGCUCAACAAAUAAAUAAGGUUGAAGAACUUUGGAAGACAAACCCAGAAGCUUCACUUGAAGAUCUUGAGAAACCUGGAGUGGAUGAUGAACCUCAACCUGUAGCCUUGAAGUAUGAAGAUGCAUACCAGUAUCAAAACGUUUUUGCUCCACUUAUUAAGCUUGAAGCUGACUAUGAUAAAAUGAUGAAAGAAUCUCAAAGUAAGGACAAUGUCACAAUUCGAUGGGAUAUCGGUCUUAAUAAGAAGCGAGUUGCUUACUUUGUUUUCCCAAAGGAGGACAAUGAAUUGCGUCUUGUGCCUGGAGAUGAGUUGCGACUGCGAUAUUCUGGUGAUGCUGCUCACCCAGCAUGGCAGUCAGUAGGGCAUGUGAUCAAGUUGACUGCACAGGAGGAGGUUGCGCUUGAACUUCGUGCAAGUCAGGGAGUUCCAGUUGAUGUUAACCAUGGCUUUAGUGUGGACUUUGUUUGGAAGAGUACAAGCUUUGACCGCAUGCAGGGAGCAAUGAAGACUUUUGCAGUGGAUGAGACAAGUGUUAGUGGGUAUAUCUACCAUCACUUGUUAGGCCAUGAAGUAGAGGUUCAGAUGGUUCGAAAUACGUUGCCUCGUCGUUUUGGUGCACCUGGUCUUCCAGAGCUCAAUGCCUCUCAAGUUUUUGCUGUAAAGAGUGUCUUACAGAAGCCUAUAAGUUUGAUUCAAGGACCCCCUGGCACAGGAAAAACUGUUACUUCUGCAGCAAUUGUGUAUCACAUGGCCAAACAAGGGCAGGGACAGGUUUUGGUUUGUGCUCCUAGUAACGUUGCAGUUGAUCAACUAGCUGAAAAGAUAAGUGCCACUGGUUUAAAGGUGGUUAGGCUUUGUGCAAAAUCAAGGGAAGCUGUAAGUUCUCCUGUUGAGCAUUUAACCCUUCACUACCAGGUUCGCCAUCUGGACACAUCUGAAAAGAGUGAACUUCACAAGUUACAGCAAUUGAAAGAUGAACAAGGAGAAUUGUCCAGCAGUGAUGAGAAAAAAUACAAAGCAUUGAAGCGUGCAACAGAAAGGGAGAUUUCUCAGAGCGCUGAUGUUAUAUGCUGCACAUGUGUUGGAGCUGGAGACCCUCGAUUGGCAAAUUUUAGGUUUCGUCAGGUACUUAUUGAUGAAUCCACUCAAGCAACAGAACCUGAAUGCCUAAUACCCUUAGUUCUUGGUGCAAAGCAGGUUGUUCUUGUUGGGGACCACUGUCAGCUUGGUCCAGUAAUCAUGUGCAAGAAAGCAGCUCGUGCUGGGUUAGCACAGUCUCUUUUUGAACGCCUUGUUCUACUUGGUGUGAAACCAAUUAGACUGCAGGUUCAAUACCGUAUGCAUCCAUCUCUAUCAGAAUUUCCUUCUAACAGCUUCUACGAAGGCACACUGCAAAAUGGAGUGACCAUCAAUGAGAGGCAGUCAUCUGGCAUUGAUUUUCCUUGGCCGGUUCCCAAUCGUCCUAUGUUCUUUUAUGUGCAGAUGGGGCAAGAGGAGAUAAGUGCCAGUGGAACAUCUUACCUAAAUAGGACUGAGGCUGCUAAUGUUGAAAAGAUUGUAACAACUUUCUUAAGGAGUGGUGUGGUCCCUAGUCAGAUAGGAGUUAUAACACCCUAUGAGGGACAGAGAGCAUAUAUUGUAAACUAUAUGUCAAGAAAUGGUGCUCUCAGACAGCAACUUUACAAGGAAAUUGAGGUUGCAAGUGUGGAUUCAUUUCAAGGAAGGGAAAAGGAUUAUAUCAUCCUGUCUUGUGUUAGGAGUAAUGAACAUCAGGGCAUUGGAUUCCUUAAUGAUCCUCGCAGGCUCAAUGUUGCUCUAACACGUGCUCGUUAUGGUAUUGUCAUCCUAGGAAACCCUAAAGUUUUAAGCAAACAGCCUCUGUGGAAUAGCUUAUUGACACACUACAAGGAACAUGAGUGCUUGGUUGAAGGGCCUCUAAAUAACCUGAAGCAGAGUAUGGUUCAAUUUCAGAAGCCCAAAAAGAUAUACAAUGACCGGCGUCUUUUCUUUGGGGGUGGCCCUGGAGUUGUGCCUAAUGAUAAUUAUGGGUCUGUUUCCCCAUCUGCCCAAAGUGCAGAAAGAAGAAGCAAUCGUGGUAGAGGUUCCUACUUACCACCUGGCCCCCCCAAUGGUACCCAUAAGCCUGGGGUGCAUCCUGGUGGAUAUCCAAUGCCUCGAGUGCCCAUUACACCAUUUCAUGGCGGUCCCCCUUCUCAGCCAUAUGCUAUUCCAACUCGUGGAGCUGUACAUGGACCAGUUGGAGCUGUGCCUCAUGUCCCUCAGCCUGGAAGUCGUGGUUUUGGAGCUGGGCGUGGCAAUGCUGGUGCUCCUAUUGGCAGUCAUCUCCCACAUCAACAAGGGUCACAGCAAUCUAUUGGAAAUCUUGGGUCAACUUUUAAUUUUCCUGCUCUAGAAAAUCCAAAUAGCCAGCCAUCUGUGGGUGGUCCACUAUCUCAACCAGGAUUUGUGAAUAAUAUGCCAGUUCAAGGGCCAAGCCAAACAUUUCGUGAUGGAUUUUCCAUGGGAGGCAUGUCUCAGGACUUCUUGGGUGAUGACUUCAAAAGUCAGGGAUCACAUGUUCCUUAUAAUGUUGCGGAGUUCUCCACUCAGGCUUCUCAAAGUGGAUAUGGUGUUGAUUAUGUUACACAAGGAGCACAAGGUGGCUUUCCAGGGAACUUUUUGAACCAGAAUUCUCAAGCUGGAUAUUCUCGGUUUGGUACUGGGAAUGACUUCAUGUCACAGGAUUACAUGGCUCAUGGAAACCAGGGUCUAUUUACUCAGGUUGGGUUUAAUGACCCAUCACAGGAUGACGCAACACAGAGCCACUAUGGCGUGGCCAAUGCAAAUCCACUCCAGUCUCAGGGUUUGAUGAAUUCACUAUACUCCCAGCCAUUUGCCCAUUACAACACACAGCCACUGAACUUGCAGGCCCCACAACAACAGCCACAGCAUGGCCACAGCUCUCAAAACCAGAAAAUCCACUUCAAUGGUUAGAAGAGACCAUAGGGGAAUAAUUGCUGUGAUGGGUUAUAGUCUUUUUGCAUUCAGCAACUUUUAAGGUUGUGCUUUCUUGUGUGCCCAAAUAUAUCUGCCCUACGAAUGCAGAAAGGUUUGCCGUACUGAGGUCAGUUUGGUUUAAUCUCCAUAACCCAAUAGUUCGAUUUAAAAAAUAAAAAAAAUAAAAAAAAAUACUGGGUGUUGUUGGGAAAAUAAGAUUUUUAAUUCCAAAAGUGGGCAAAUGAGCUGCAGCAGGAGGGAAGGAGGUCUUUUUGAGCGAACACAAGCAGGCACUUCCGAGGCUGAGAAAAAGAAAAUGAUAACCCGGUAAUGUGCUUGAAGUUUUGUAUGAAAAAUGGAUAAGAGAGCAUAAUUUACGUGAGAUGGUUUCUGGCGGGAAGGGUUUCGGGGACGAUCGGAAUUAUAUAGGCGGGGAAGCUACUACUGUUACAUUGACACAGCUGGGGAAGAAGACCCAUUUUUUUUGUUUUCCAUACAGAAAGAUGAAGCAGUAACCACCGAGAAAAUUAUGUUAUUUGUACAGCAUGCUACAAGGGGAAGAAAGGUCGCCCUAACCCUUUCAGCUCUUCCUGACAUGUAAUUAUACUCUUACGUUACAUCUAUUAUUGGGACUGGGUCUGGCUAAAAGUGCUUGUCCCACUAAAGGCCUUAGGCUGGGGCCCCAUAAGAUUUUUUUUUUUUUUUUUUUGGUUGAAAAUAUGAAUACUCUUUAGUUAAUGAUAUUGUGUAUUGUGUAUGCAAGUAUCGUAACGGCCCAGCGCAUUAUUAUUUGUUAAUUUAUAGAUGAGGUAUUUGAAUUUUUA